UGUUGUUUGUGUGCUGAGCCAAAAAAAUCAGUUCGUACUCGUUCAACCUUUUUUCCCCUUUCUUUCUCUUUCAUUUUUUACUAUCCACUUUUGGUCUCUUUAUUCAUUUUUCUUUAGUUCGCGCAGUUUUUUGUUAGCUAAAUCUUUAGAAAUCUUUGCAAAGCGGUUGAAAACGUAAUCAUCUCAUAAAAUGGCAGACAAUAAGGGCCUCGAUAUCAAGAGCGACGACAAGAACGUCGACACUGCGCCUACUCCGCAGAACACCCCCAUUUUCACGGCCCCGCUCGCCGCCGCCGCCGCCGCCGGUAACUCCGAGGACGAGGACGAGGACAGCGCCCCCCGCGUGAACAACCCUGCUCUCCUGAACAUUCUCCAGGGCCGCCUCGGCUCCCUGGUCGGCGCAUCCUCGGGCUACGUCGAGUCGCUGCCCAAGGUUGUGCGCGAGCGCGUCGACAGCCUGCGCUACCUGCAGCAGCAGCACGUCGCCAUCGACAAGCAGAUGCAUCUUGAGAUCUACGAGCUAGAGAAGAAGUUCAGCCAGCUGUACGCGCCCCUGUAUGAGCGCCGUACCGCCAUUGUCGCCGGCCAGGCCGAGCCCACUGAGGAGGAGAAGGUUGAGGGCGCGAAGAUCGCCGAUGACGAGAACGAGGACCACGAGUCGGGCAUCAAGGAGGACGACGAUGACGAGGAGAAGGAGGCUGCCGCGGGCAUCCCCGAGUUCUGGCUUACUGCCCUGAACAACCACCCGCAGGUCGCCGAGCUCAUCACCGAGCGCGACCAGGAGGCCGUCAAGUUCCUGCGCAACAUCAGCCUGGAGUACCUGACCGUGGAGCCCGGAUUUAAGCUGCUUUUUGAGUUUGCCGAGAACCCGUUCUUCUCCAACUCUGUGCUCGUCAAGACCUACUACUACGAGCAGUCGGAGGUCUCGGGCAUCCUUGAGUUCAAGGGCGCCGAGGGCACUGAGAUUAACUGGAAGCCUGAGAACGACCUCAGCGUCACCAUCGAGACUAAGAAGCAGCGCCACAAGACCACCAACCGCACCCGUGUUGUCAAGAAGACUGUGCCGAGCAAGACUUUCUUCUCGUUCUUCACCACUGUGGCGGAGCCCGAGUCCGAUGAUGAGUCAGAGGGUGCUGAGGAGGUCCGUGAUAGCAUCGAGGUUGACUAUGAGCUCGCUGAGGAGUUCAAGGACAAGAUCAUCCCCAAUGCCGUCGACUGGUUCACCGGCAAGGCCCUGGAGUACGAGGGUAUGGAGCAGUAUGAUGACGAGUUCAUGGACGACUAUGAUGAUUAUGAGGAGGAUGAUGAUGAGGAGGACAGCGAUGAGGACGAUGACGAGGAUGAUGGUCUCAGCCGGUCCGUCAAGGAGGCCGCCGAGCCUCCUCAGUGCAAGAACCAGUAAAUUUUCUCUGUAAGGGGGGUCCCUUUUCCUGCUUGCUGCCCGCUUAUUUGGGGGGUUUUCCUCAUCUUUUCUGAACCUAUUUUUCUUCCAAUAUAAACCAACGUCAGAGCUCCGAGUUCUGCGCCUUCAUUUUUUCUAUUAUAUUCUUUUGUUCGAGGAUCUUGCCGCUUGGACUUUGAAAACCUCUCCAAAAGAGAUAAAUGUGACUACAUUUUUUUUAUAAACAAUUUUUUUC